GGACGCUCGCCGCUAUGGAAUCAGGUGAGAUCUCGAUCGGUUUUCUUUCGGAAUCGGGAGCUUAUGACGGCGAGGGCGGAGCUCGGAGCGGCCAACGGAUCGAUGAAUCCUGGAAAUUGGAAUACCUCUCUUGGGCUCCAACCUCGUGAAUACAAGGCAGGGGAUGCAAAGAUGGCUUCGAAUGGUCGAAGGAAAACUAAGAUAGUGUGUACAAUCGGUCCUUCCACGAAUACGCGUGAAAUGAUAUGGAAACUAGCAGAAGCUGGGAUGAAUGUAGCACGUCUAAAUAUGUCUCAUGGGGAUCAUGCGUCACACAAGAAAGUCAUUGAUUUAGUCAACGAAUAUAAUUCUAAGGCAAAAGACAAUGUUAUUGCCAUCAUGCUAGAUACCAAGGGCCCUGAGGUGAGAAGUGGAGAUUUAGCCCAACCUAUCUUGCUAAAGGAAGGGCAAAUGUUCAAUUUCACAAUCAAGAGGGGAGUCAGCUUGGAAGACACUGUUAGCGUUAAUUAUGAUGACUUCAUUCACGAUGUGGAAGUUGGAGAUGUUCUCUUAGUUGAUGGAGGAAUGAUGUCUCUGGUUGUGAGGUCAAAAACAGCUGAUACUGUUAAAUGUGAAGUCAUUGAUGGUGGAGAACUCAAAUCAAGACGUCACUUGAACGUCCGGGGUAAAAGUGCUACACUCCCAUCCAUAACAGAAAAAGAUUGGGAAGAUAUCAAGUUCGGUGUGGACAACAAAGUUGACUUCUAUGCUGUCUCAUUUGUAAAAGAUGCUAAAGUAGUCCACGAACUGAAAGAUUACCUCAGAAGUUGCAAUGUGGAUAUACAUGUUAUUGUUAAAAUAGAAAGCGCCGAUUCAAUACCAAAUCUUCACUCCAUUAUUUCUGCAUCUGAUGGGGCGAUGGUGGCUCGUGGAGAUCUUGGAGCAGAGCUUCCCAUUGAAGAAGUUCCUUUGCUGCAGGAUGAAAUUAUUAGGAGGUGCCGCAGCAUGCAGAAGCCAGUAAUUGUAGCAACAAAUAUGUUAGAGAGCAUGAUAGAUCAUCCUACCCCGACAAGAGCAGAAGCCUCAGACAUCUCAAUUGCAGUUCGAGAAGGUGCUGAUGGCAUCAUGUUAUCUGGGGAAACAGCCCAUGGGAAGUAUCCACUGAAAGCUGUUAAUGUGAUGCAUACUGUGGCCUUGAGGACGGAAUCAACUAUUUCAGGCAGCAUUACUCAUCCAUUUCUUUCUACUGCUGUCCAGGCUAUAUAUGGCGGGGAAUUUUGUCAAAGCCAUAUGAGUGCAAUGUUUGCAUCCCACUCGACUACAAUGGCAAACAUCCUUUCAACACCUGUUAUUGUCUUCACGAAAACAGGUUCAAUGGCUGUACGGUUAAGUCAUUGUCGUCCUUCGUCUACUAUUUUUGCAUUUACAAAUGAAGAAAGGGUUAAGCAGAGGCUGGCACUUUAUCAUGGUGUACUUCCAAUUCAUAUGCCUUUUUCUGAUGAUGCAGAAGAGACUUUCUCCAGAGCGAUAAACUAUCUGAUGAAAGGGAAAUUCCUCAAGAAUGGAGAGUAUGUCACUUUGGUUCAGAGUGGAACUAAUUCCAUCUGGAGACAAGAGUCUACACAUCACAUUCAAGUGCGUAAGGUCCAAGAUUGAUGUUACCUUGAAUAGGCAAUUCUUUAGUUUAGUUUUGUUCUAAGUUAUUUAUCUUCUGAGUGGAUAAUUUGUUGUGAAGUUUCUAGUCAAAGAUAUUUUUUGAUUAUGUAUUAUGAUAGAUCCACAUUUAUUUAUUGAGUUCUUGUAGAAACCUUCCAUGAAAUGAAUAUUUUGAUUUACUGAUA